CGCCUCGUCCAAAGCGGAUCCGAGUAGUAGAAGCUCGUUGUCGCCGCCACCGUCUUGGUCGUUUGUUGUAGUCGAACCGUAGCAACGUAUCGGGGACGGAUCGAGGCUGAAAAGGACGCAGACGGACAUAUACUCACCCGGGAUAUUUAAAACUCGCGGCGAGAAAAGGGCGCGGCGUGAAUUAUUAUAUCAACGAAAAACUAAUCGUGCAAAAGAGGCAGUGAAGAACAGCUCACGCACCACCAUCAACAAAGUGAGCUCUGUCAGGCCGAGAACAACCCGAGAACGAGUCGAGAAAUCGCCAGAAAAUUCUGUCAGAAAAGAAGAGUGAUAAGCGGGAUAUGAUGGCAGUCGCAGCCGCUCAGAAGAACCGCGAGAUGUUCGCUAUCAAGAAAUCUUACAGUAUUGAAAAUGGGUAUCCAGCGCGAAGACGUUCUCUCGUGGACGAUGCCCGUUUCGAGACGCUGGUCGUCAAGCAGACGAAGCAAAGCGUGCUCGAGGAAGCUCGACAGCGAGCGAAUGACACAAACGCCGAUCAGACAAUCACUUGCACUCAGGAACAAGGACAGGGAGAGCAUUACGUUGAUGUUUCAUCAAGUGACGACGAGCAGGUGGAGUCGUUGGUUUGCGCAGCGAAGAAGGAAGAAGCGAAAGCGGAGGCUUCGUCGGACAGCGAUGGGAAGCCAGACGACGACGAUGAUGACGAUGCCGGAUUAACCGAGGAAGAAGUCGUUCUCGCAAAGACCAUCACCGAGUCUCCCGACAGCGAGCACAGCGUGCAGAAGGCAGCCUUGGUGUUGAGAUUGCGAGAGGGCAUGGGCUCUUUGGGCAGAAUUCUGAAAACAAUCGAGAAUUUUAAAGGCGCGAUUACUCAUGUGGAAUCGCGACCGUCGAAGAAGGAUGGUGUGCAGUUCGAGAUUCUGGUCAAAGUCGAUAUGAGCAGGCAGAGUUUGCUGCAGCUGAUCAGAAACCUGCGGCAAAGCUCGGCUCUGGACGGCGUGACUUUGCUCACCGACAAUUCCGUCAGCAUCAAGGACCCAUGGUUCCCGCGUCACGCCUCCGAUCUCGACAAUUGCAACCAUCUGAUGACCAAGUACGAGCCGGACCUCGACAUGAACCAUCCGGGUUUCGCCGACAAGGAGUACCGCGCUCGUCGCAAGGUGAUCGCCGAGAUCGCCUUUGCGUAUAAAUACGGCGAUCCGAUACCCAGCAUCCCGUACACCGAAAUGGAGAACGAGACCUGGUCGCGCGUCUUCAAUACCGUACUGGACCUGGUGCCGAAGCACGCGUGCGUCGAGUACCAGAGAGUGUUCAAGAAGCUGCAGGAAGAGAGGAUCUUCGAGUCGCAUCGCAUACCGCAGUUGCAGGAGGUGAGCGAUUUUCUGAAGAAGUGCACGGGCUUCACUCUGCGACCGGCAGCCGGUCUCCUGACGGCGCGCGACUUCCUGUCCAGCCUCGCGUUUCGGGUCUUCCAGAGCACUCAGUACAUUCGCCACGUCAACAGUCCGUAUCAUACUCCCGAGCCAGACUGCAUUCAUGAGCUCUUGGGCCACAUGCCGCUUCUGGCCGAUCCGAGUUUCGCUCAGUUCUCGCAAGAAAUCGGUCUCGCGUCUCUCGGUGCCUCGGACGAGGAAAUCGAGAAGCUGUCAACCAUCUACUGGUUCACGGUCGAGUUCGGUCUUUGCAAGGAAGGUCCCGAGGUCAAGGCUUACGGCGCCGGUUUACUGUCGGCCUACGGCGAGCUGUUGCACGCGCUUAGCGAUAAGUGCGAGCACCGACCGUUCGAGCCGGCAACCACCGCUCUUCAGAAAUAUCAGGAUCAAGAAUACCAGCCGAUAUAUUACGUAGCCGAGAGCUUCGAGGAUGCUAAGGAGAAGUUCCGUCGUUGGGUGGCUACUAUGAGCCGACCGUUCGAAGUCAGAUACGAUCCGCAUACGCAACGCAUCGAAGUUCUCGAUAGUGUCGAUAGACUGGAGGGUCUGAUCACUCAACUUAACACUGAGAUGACGCACCUCACUAAUGCCGUUAAUAAAAUGAAGGCGAGACACUUUGCGUAAGAACAACAUUUUCCGCGUCUUCUCGUUGUACCAAUUCGAUUAUUUCGUUUUUGCAAACCAUCGAACCCCGAAAUUAUAUUAAUUCGUGCUCUUCCGACGGAAUAACUUUUCUCUAUUCGAUGACAAUAAUUCUCGACAACUUAUCAAAUGACAACUAACGAGACAAGCGUAGUGUAUAACGCGCUGUUUCUAUCAUAUGAUUGUAGCAAGACUUACCGUAUUUUUUUAACAAUAUUUUGAACAUAAAUAAUUAAGUUUAAAAAAAACCGUGAAAGUUUGCGAAAGAUAAUCACUGCAAAUGAAACGUCAUCUUCAUAAUUGCAUCGAGGCUUCAGUUUCCAGGUUCGGUGGAACAUGUUCAUCGUUAUCAUCCUUGUCGCGCUGCGCAUCAACUGUUUCUUUGUAUAAAGUCGUUCAUUCAUGCUGUUGUACGCGUAUACGAGCAUCGAUUGCAUUUGAAAAAGUCGCAAAAGUUUAAAAAUAUUUGAUAUUAUGAUUUAUUCAUGUAAACGGAUUGGGUAAUUCGUGACAGCUCAAUGUUUCGCUCUCUCGAAUAUUUUCUACGAAAUAUCAAAUAGAAAAGGCACAAAUCACAACAGUUAUUUUUGUGCAAACAAAACAAAAUCAUUUUUGUCACUGAGAACUGCACGUACGCGCGUACAAUUUACAUUACUAUUACAUUAUUAUUAUUAUUAUUAUUAUUAUAUUUUGUUCUCUCUUUAUUGUUACACGGAGGCACAUUAUUGCUUAAUCCAGCGAUCACUGGCAAUCUGUCCGAUAUAUUUUGUAGUGCAGUCUAUUUAAAGUAAAGAGUAAGUUGUAACGCAAGAUGAUUUUCGCGGCUGAAGGAUUGUUGUAGUCUCAGAAUAGAACUCGCGAGAAUGUGUCGACUUCUCGGCGAUAGAACUCGUCUUGUUCUCGAAUUGUGAGUUUGCAGUAUUUUCCUCUCUUGUGCGAAUAAAUUGACAGACGGCGGCUGUUUUUAGAGAGUCGUCGGACAGUACUUACUCUCUCGGACGAUAGGAAAAUUAAACGAAAAACGUUUCUCCUAUCGGCUCGUUGCACUUUACAAUUCAGACGUUUACGUGCAUCGAUUUAAACAGUAUUUCGUAAAGAUUCUAUAUAAACGGUGUUCGUAGACGACUCUUGAGACGUCUUAUUUAUACAUAAUAUGUGUGCGUGUGUGUGUAUCUAUAUACAGGCAUGCAUAGAGAAUAAGACGAUCUUAAAUACAAGAUCCGACUACGAACGCCCGUAAGUUGUGUUCUUACUUAAAUAGUUUGCAUCUAGACGCUGUGUCGCUUCGAACCCGGAGAAGUUCCCCCGGGCGCUUAUACGAAGCGACGUCGCUUUAGAAAGACACUAUUUAGCGAGUAGUGCGAAUCCCCGCUUAUACGCACGCUGCGCUAUUCCUGUCGCGCAGAAACUUGAAAAAGAGACGUGACGUUCUUUUUUUUGUACGCGCACAUAACCCACCCUUGUUAAUCGUAGCGAAUACGAUCGACACGUAUGAUAUGUGUUUCCUUUGUAUUAUAUUGUAAAGUAUUCAGAGCAUAAAUAAAAAAUUAAGAUAUAUGAAUCUUA